CGGUAAAGGACACUGAGGCACCAGAGGCAGCCGGAUGGCAACUUCCACGAGGGCUCCCAGCCCCCAGAUCCUAGAGAAGGAGAAGGAACCCCCUCAGGUGGAAAUCAGCCUCGGAGGUCCAGCCUCGCUAAGCCUCGGCAGGCCUGCUGGGCACCUCUCGGUGAUCUCUAAGCUCUGUUACAGCAUCGGGGGGUUCCCCAACCAGGCAGCCUCCAGUGCAGCAGCUUUCUACCUGCAGCUGUUCCUGCUAGAUGUGGCCAGGAUCCCCGCAGCUCAGGCCUCGCUUGUCCUGUUUUUGGGGAAGCUCUUGGGGGCCGCGGCUGACCCCGCGGCUGGAUUUAUCAUCAGCCGGAGCCCGUGGACUGCUCUGGGCCGCCUCACACCCUGGAUCCUGGGCUGUGCACCGUUCUUGGCCCUCACCUACUUCUUCCUGUGGUUCCUGCCUGCCAUUGGCCGUCUUCGGGGUCUCUGGUAUGGAGCUUUCUAUGGCCUCUUUCAGGCCCUCUCCACGCUGCUCCAGGUCGCAUACUCGGCCCUCACUAUGUUCCUCACUCAGGACCAGCAGGAGCGAGAUUCGGCCACCGCCUACCGGAUGACCAUGGAGAUGGCCGGGACGCUGACUGGAGCCACAGUCCAUGGCCUCAUUGUGGCUGGUGCACACAAGGCUCCCAGAUGCCUCGAGGCCAACCUCACUGACCCGCUUCUGUCUGUGGCCUCCAGUAUCUCUCCCCACACAAGUCAGCUUUACAUGAUUGCCGCCGGGGUCAUCGCGGGAACCUAUCCCCUGUGCACGGCCCUGCUCGCCCUGGGGACCAGAGAGGAAGACGAUCUCUACAUCCUUGAGCAGCAGAGGGUCUCCUUCUUCCAGGGGCUUGGCCAGACCCUCCAGCAUCAGCCAUACCAGAAGCUUGUGGCUUCCUUCCUGUUCAUCUCUGUUGCUGUCCAGGUUCAGCAAAGCUAUCUCGUCCUGUUCUGCACUCACGCGGCCUCCCUACAUAGCCACGUGCAGAGUCUGGUGCUGCUGGUACUGGUGGCAGCUGUCCUGAGCACCCCAUUCUGGGAAUGGUUCCUGCAGAGAGUUGGGAAGAAGGCAGCGGCCUAUGGCAUUGGGGCAAUGGUGCCCUCUGCGCUCCUGCUCGCAGCAGCCCCCACUGUCCCCGUGGCCUACACCAUGGCCUUCGUGUCGGGCACCAGCAUCGCUGUGGCCUCGCUGCUGCCCUGGUCCAUGCUGCCAGACAUUGUGGAUGACUUCAGACUCCACAAACUUCCUCUGAAGGGCUUGGAGACCAUCUUUUACUCCUCCUACGUCUUCUUCACGAAGCUGUCGGGGGCAGGGGCUCUGGGCAUCUCCACCCUGAGCUUGGAGUUUGCAGGGUAUGAGCCUGGCUCCUGUAAACAGUCUGACAAAGUGGUCAUCACGCUCAAAGUCUUGAUUGGCGCUGUCCCCACCAGCAUGGUCCUGAUAGGUCUGGGCAUUCUGUCCGUUUACCCUAUCACCGAGCAGCGGCGCCAGGAGACUGCCCACAGGCUGGAUGUGCUGAGGAGGGAGGUGCCUGUGUCCGGUAACCCCAGUCCCAGUGUAGCCCAGGGUGCAGCCACCGCUCUGACCACAGGUCCCUGAGCCCAGCCCAGCAGCACCAAACCUAGCAAAGGCCUCAGACUCUGGCUCCCAGCUUAGGUUCUGCUGGAUUUGAAGAAGGAAUUAGGGCCAGGCAUUUGAAAAGGGAAGGUAAUCCCAGGCUAAUGCUCACACCUGUGGUCAGAUCCAGAGCUCUCAGGCACACAAAGAGCCAGCGCCUCAGCCCCUUGGUGGAGCCUGAAGGACAUUUCCAUCUUCUUCUAUCUCAAAAUGGCUGUGAUGUUCCAUCUCCUAAACCCUCCCCCAUGCCCCACUUUCCUAUUACUGUAAAGGCAGCACCAACCUCCCACUUCCCUGGAGUCACAACCUCAGUCUCCCUGGAUUCUUCACUAACUCUUUCCCCAGCCCUGCCCCUGCCCCCACUGCCACAUCCAAUAUGGUGCCAAGGCCUCUGCUUUCACCUCUGUAGCAUCUCUCUCCAGUGCGCCCCCUCCUCUCCUUUGAUCCUGCCCCCAUCCUGAUGCAGACCCUCAUUCCCUCAUGCCUGGACUGUGGCAACAGCUGCUGGGGGUGGGGGUCUGCCUCCCCACUCCAGUGCAUCCUCCAGCCACCAAAGGGAUUUUCCUAAAGCAUGGGUCUGACCACGUCACCCCCACCACCCCAAUAGUUCCCUAUCACCAUCAGAAGCAAACACAAAAUGCUCUGCUUAGCCUUCAAAGCCCUUCCCAACGUCCCCCCCUCCUCCUUUUCCAGGCUUCUUACACCUGACUCCCCAACACAUCCUCUUUAGUGCCAUGACCCCAGCCUCCCGGCUGUCCCCCCAGCCUAGAACACUGGUCCUCCUCUGCUCUGACCACUGACCUCCCCAGCUUCCCCCUCCUUCCCAACCCCUCUUCAUGCC